CCUCUCCUCUCUCUUUUCCCAUUCCUGCUUCCCAGUUUCAAUGAAUUCCCUGCCCACAUCCUCCAACCUUAACACCUUCAACACAGGCCCUCUACACCGUUCCUUCUUAGUUCUCAGUGGCCUGGAUGAUGGUCUAAUUCCUUCCCCAGUGGCAGCCUCUCCCUCCCCUCCUCCUCCCCCCUUCCCACCCUCUUAACCUCCCUCCCACAGCAUUCUGGGCUUGUAGCCAAGAGUCAAACUCUUCCAUCACCGUGCACCAGUCCAGACCAGCGAGCCCUAAUCUACUUCUGGGCAGGCUAGCCCCCUCCAGCAGCGUGGCCAGUAGAGCACCCAAAACCUUGCCCUCCCAGGACUGCAGUGGACCUGACAGGAAUCAGGGGACAGGUGCUCCAUGUUCUAAAAAAAAGUUUGCUCUGAAAAUGAUUCCUGGAGAGUUAACCACUUCUCUUUUAAUGCUGGUGAUUGUCCUUAUUUCUAUAAAUGUGUUAAGGAACAGGGGCCAAAAGCCACCGUCUCCUCCGGGCCCAUGGGCUUUACCGGUCAUAGGAAAUCUUCUUCAGCUGGGAGAGCAUCCUUAUCUUUCAUUUAUCGAGAUGAGGAAAAAAUACGGAGAUGUGUUUCUCAUCAAACUGGGAAUGGUACCUGUUGUAGUUGUGAAUGGGAUGGAACCAGUGAAAAGAGUAUUAUUCCAAGACGGAGAGAACUAUGCUGGCAGACCCAAUAUGCACACCUUUUCUUUCUUUGCCAAUGGAAAAAGUCUCUCGUUUUCCACAAACUACGGAGACAGUUGGAAGCAUCACAAAAAAAUGGCAAUUAAUGCUUUAAAGUCUUUUUCCAAAGCAGAAGCAAAGUCCUCUACCUGCUCCUGCCUCCUGGAAGAACACGUCUGUGGGGAAGUGUCAGAGUUAGUGAAGAUCUUUACAGAACUGACAGCCACACAAGGCAAUUUUGACCCCAGGGGCUCCCUCACCUGUGCUGUUGCUAAUGUGGUCUGUGCCCUUUGCUUUGGCAAGAGGUAUGAGCAUACUGAUGAGAAAUUUCUAAAGGUGAUUAAAAUAAACGAUGAUUUACUGAAAGCAUCCAGUGCUGUGAACCCAGCGGAUUUCAUACCAUGUUUCCGCUAUCUUCCGCUGCGGGUUGUAAAUGCACCCCGUGAGUAUUAUCACAUGUUAAAUCAGUUUAUCAUGCAACACGUACAAGAACAUUACGUCACCUAUGAUGAGGGUUACCUCAGAGACAUAACGGAUGCUCUCAUUAGCAUCUGUUAUGACAAGAACUCAACUGGGAAAACACCUAUCUUACCUGAUGAUACGAUCAUAAGUACUGUGAAUGACAUCUUUGGUGCCGGGUUUGACACAGUGUCAACUUGUCUAAAUUGGAGCUUUCUCUACUUGAUAAACUACCCUGAGAUUCAAACAAAAAUUCAGGCAGAAAUUGAUGGAAAUAUUGGGCUGAAGCCACCCAGAUUUGAAGACCGAAAAAAUUUACCAUAUACCGAAGCUUUUAUAAAUGAAAUCUUCAGGCACACCACAUUCCUACCCUUUACUAUUCCUCACUGUACUACAGCAGAUACCAUUCUCAAUGGUUACUUCAUUCCCCAGAAAACCUGCGUUUUUGUUAACAUUUAUCAGGUUAACCAUGAUGAGACUCUUUGGGAGAAACCUGACUUAUUUAGGCCUGAGAGAUUCCUGAAUGAAAAUGGGGAGCUGAACAAAGGUCUUGUUGAGAAAGUUUUGAUCUUUGGAUUGGGAAUAAGAAAAUGUUUGGGAGAAGAUGUGGCUCGCAAUGAGAUUUUUAUUUUCAUUACCAAUGUCCUGCAGCACCUGAAGUUGGAGAAGUGCUCUGGAGCCCAGCUAGAUUUAACCCCAGUGUAUGGGUUAUCCAUGAAGCCGAAGCCAUACCAUAUUAAAGCAGAACCACGCUUCUGAACAUGUUUUGUAGUCUGGUUUCUCAAUUUGGCUAGAGACUCUAUCAUUUAACUGGGAAUUAUUACCCUGAAGAAAAUUUUAUUGCUCAAGUAUUAUGGAGGUUGAGUAAUCCAAUUCAUAACCUAUGCUAUUACUUCUUAUUGUUCCUUCCCCAUAUGUGGAUAAGCAUUAAUAUUUUCCCCUGGAGAGAAACAGAUUAAUACUCCAUCUGCUUUUCUUUUAAAGCUAUGGGAAUUGCUCAUUUUGUAGAUUGAGUUUAAAGCUAUGGAAAUUGUUCCUACUUACAGAUUGAGUUUAAAGCUUUGAAAAUUGCUCGUGCUUGUAGAUUGAGCUUGUCAAACUAGAGGCACCCCCUCGAUUCCUUGCAACAGAAUGCUGUCGGGGGGGGAGGGGCAUAGUAUAGACAAUUCUGACAAGUGAAAUUGGCCUCUUUGAGCCUUCUUAGAGAAAGUUUGGUGGGCAUCUCCUCUCACUGUGACUCAGAUGGUGUAGUUAUCAAACAUCAUCCUACAGCUAAGAGUAAAGAUUGUAUGUCAGGCAUUCCUUCUCCAACACAACUUUUUCAAGCAUGAUUUGGAUAGAAUGUGAUGGAAGAAUAGGGGGGAACAUAGUCAUUCAUUGUGCUCCUUCCUCACUACUUGUCUUCAGUCCUCUCCCAAUACAACCCAGCCUGCACACUUAACUCCUCAAACACUGAGCCUCACUCUCAUCCUUCUCAUUGUCAGACUCUUGCUCAUGCCCUCCUUCCUGCGUUGGACUCCCUCCCUCUUCGUAUCUGACAGACCACUACUGUCCCCAUCAUCAAAGCCCACCUAAAAUUGCAUCUCCUCCAGGAAAGCUUCCCUGACUAAUCUCUCAUCUUCCUAUCCUCUUUUUCCUCCCCUACUGCAUCACCCAUGUGCUUGAGUCUGUACUUACCCUCAUAAAAGAGGGAUUCUUUUUUUGAAAUGUGAGACCAAACAUAAGAAAAUGAGCUCAAAUGAAAACAAAAGUGAUUUUUUUUGGUGGCACAUGAAUCAUUUUUUGACUAUUUGAGUGACAAAUCCUAGAAUGGGCUUUCAUAGAGGCUAUGGAUUGUCCAUCUCUGAGAUCUAGUUAUGCCUAAAGUUUUGCCGUUCAAAAAGUUUACAGUUUUCCACUAUGCUCCUCUGGAGUUUAAAAUUAGGUUGUCUUGGGGCCGGGAGAUAGGGGGUAGAAAUAUACGUUUUACAAGCUAUCCUUUGUGUAGGUCACCAGUAGGAGGCUAGCACAGUUUUCAGCUCCCUCUAGGGCUCCAGUCUAUCUGGUGUUCUACAGGUACGCCAUAGUCCUGAAAAGUGUCUUUUUUUAAUGAGAAAUUUUACAUGAGGAAUUUGUACUCUUGACUAUGGGACAUUGGUUUUAUUCCUGAGAAACUGCAGCUGUCAAGAAACACACAGCAAACCAUCGUCCUGCAAAAACGUUUUCUACAAAGAAAAAUCCAACGUUUUUACUUUUUCAGUAUUUUUAUGCCUGUUUUUUUCAAGUACAAACACUGUGACUGCAUGUCAUUUUAGGUCCUAAUUAUCAGUGGGUAUUCUGCCAGCUAAAGAAUAAAGAAUAGACAUUCCUGCUUAAUUUCCCCCUUAGGGGCUGCCUUUCUACAUACUGGUUGUUUUACUCAAAUUUAAUUAAUAAUUAUAAAUAUUUUUGCUUUAUUCCUUGCAUGUUCCUCCCUGAAUGUCAAUUUAGACAUAAAAUAUCUAAAUUUCUAGUGUUGUUAAUCCAUUUCACUUGUGCUCUACACUAGCAAUCAUGUGUUGUUUUUUUCUAUUCCUGUGCCAAAAUUUAGUGUGGUUCCAAAUUUUAAAUAAAAACUCACUGGGUGCCCAAUACAUAAGCUAUCAGGCAUCCAAAUAUAUUUAAAA